AUGAGGUCAGGGAUCAGGGUUUGUGAGAAGAUCAAGGGAAAUAGAAGUACAAGCCGCGAGGCAGAAGAUCAAGGGUUCAAGGAAGCGUCUAGCUUCUGUCACAGAAGGUCAGGGUUGGCGGAGAUCAAGAAGUUCUACAUCACCCAUCUCUUUGGUUUGCUGGGAUGGAAAAGAUGUGUGAGAAGUACUGGGCAGCAGGGUGUUGUCAUCCAGAUUGUGAAACCAGGUAAUAUCCUUGGGAUCAAGGAGAGUACCAUUAGCACCUACAGCAUACUGGUCAUUCAGCAGCAUAUUGAGAACACAAAAUGCUGGGAAUCAUUUUUACAACAGUUUGAAAAAGUAAUGGCACUGGCCAAUUUUUUCACACUAAAGCAGCCAGACAAUCUGGAUGAGUUGCUCGAAUACCCAAGUCCACUUGUGCCCGCUAUCGACAAUGACAAGACAAUACACCUUUCUGAGGCCGAAUGGCUGUUCAGUGGUGAAGAGGACCAGCUACAGGCUGAAGAUAAUGAAGUAGAAGUCAAAGAACUGGGUGCCAUUGAAGAAGAUGAAGAUCAUCAGUCUGAGGACAGGUUCAGCAUAAAUUCAGCCAUUGAUGGUACUGAACUUACAUUCGUCAACAUGGACCCUUCGAGCCAUGAUGUUUCUUGCAAGCGAAAGCAAUUAGCUGAGCACGUCUCGGCUGAUGAAAGGUUACUGAAGGCUCCCAGCAAGAAGCGGAGAUUAGUUGAUGACAAGGUCAUUGACAAACUGCUGCUCAGGAAGUCAAAGAAAGCAACAAUGCGAGGAAAGAGAGUCUGCGAGAGAAGUGUUCCACUGAGUGAUGCUAGUGAAGGCAUGGCAGAUGAAGAUGCUGAUGCACCACGAACAUUCACAGUCUACGUUCAAGUCUGGUCAGCAUCCUCGACCACAGAGAAAAAAGCAAGCAAGGCAGUGAAAGGCCCAGCAAUAAUAACCAGAGGCCCUUUCAAAACUGACAUGUCACAAACUUUCCAGAACUUCAAGGAGGCAGUAGCAGAUUGGAAGUUUGAGAACCCACAAAACGCACCUUGCAAGAAGAUUGCCAAUGCAGCUGGUUUCGAGGUGUUGAUUGAUGCUGUCAGAGCAAAGCAGACAAAUGAUAAUGUCAUUGUUUGGUUAUAUACUCCAAAGCCUGUGAAGGAGGAAGAAGAUUGGGACACAGGGAACCCCGACUGCGUUAAAAACCCAUUAGAUUUUGAUGACGAAGCUGGGCUAGAACAGGGUAUGACAUCCAAAAAGUCACUAAUUUGCCCGAUAUUUCCACACAUGCGUGUAUGGCAUAUUAAGAACAACAACACGUACUUUGAGCUCACGCAGAUGCGCAUCAGCAUGUGGACAACAGCUAUUGCUGCUGGAAGGGCCACCACAUUGAUGCCUCCGACAUCAUUACACUUUGCGGAUGACAAGAAAUUGAAGAUGCCAUCAUCAAUCACACAACCCGCAUCAGACACACCUAUUUCAGCAUUUGAUGAAUUUUACCAUCAGCAUCACAAAGAACAGAUUGCAGCGGUGGCACUGCAUGCACAGGUUCCGCAGGUGCCACCUUCAGCUCCACAGCCACAACACGUACCUCAUGUUCCUCAAGGUCCACCUGGAUACAGAUUUCAUCCUGGACACUACUAUCCUCCAUAUAUGCCACAACCCCCAUUCACUGGUCCUCCUAUGCAAGGACAUACUCAAGGCUUCGGAGGACCUCCGCUUGCUGGACCACCUGGCGAAACAUCUUCAGCUUCGUCGUCUCCUAGUGUGACCAUGUCUCACAACAUCCUAUUAUCAGAAUUCUGCAUCAAGUAUAACAUCUCUGCCAGCAAUCAAGCCAAGCUUUCAGCACUCAAGUACAUGCCUGGAAAUCGAGCUGUCGAGGCAUUUGAAGAAAAGGAAUGGCAUGAUGUUGGACAAUUCACCAAGCUUGGUUGGCAAGCAUUCCUCACCACACAUGUCCACAAGGGAAACACAUUUUGUCCAGGAAUUUGCUACAGAGACUUUCCCUAUAUAGUCACAAUAGUACCCAAAGCCACCAGAGGAUCUAUAGACAAGUGCCUAUUAUAUAGCUCUCUAUAG